AUGUUACGCGUCUAUGUUCUUGCUAAAUUAUCGAUUUUUACGGAUGUAUUUUGUCGUCUCUUUUCUCCGUGUUUAGUUGGAUUUCGAGCAUUAUUCAAACAUGUCCCUUCCACGAAGCACGGUCAUUCCGCCUGGAGGUCAGGAGUGGAACACUUCUCAUCGCCCUUGCCUUCUUCGCCAGAAAUCGCUACCGGUUUGACCGAUUUGGCCGUUGACACAGUUGGUCUAGAUAACGCAUCCGGUCGUGCUACUUUAAACGUCAGCCGUGAUGGCGAUUCUCCUUCCUCCGAACUCACUAGAUCCACCCAAAGCAGUGACAUCUCUGACCGGGAUCGGGUUGGAGUUUCAAAUUCUCCCGAUACGGUUGUUUUUAGUCGUUCCUCCACUCGGUCGCUGAAUCGGCAUAUUAUGAUUUCAGAAGCCCGUCGCCGUCAUCAAACCCACGACAUCGGUGAUGGCAUUGCACCGACAUUUUCAGAUACUUCCCAACCACCUGUUACUCGCCAACUGAGCUCCACUGAACUAUCCCCCGCCUUAUCAUCAUCUGCCUGCGAGUCACCAUCAUCUGUGACACCUGCAUCGAAUCUCACUGCCCCAGAUGGUUUCGUUGGACCUCUGCUCUCCGCCACCACCUCGUCCACAACUGUGUCACCCACUCACAUGAUGCACACAACCGUUGAUACCCCUUCCAAUGUUAACGAGGCAUUGUCGGUGCCCAGCAGUGAUCCCACUGAACCGGUGGACACCAAUGUGGCGCCGUCUACCCCACCAAACUGCCCGGUUGAUGCGUCGGAUUCGACCAAGGUGGAUUUGGCUUUAACACAUUUGAAGCUGCACCAGUUGCAACAGGACGUGCUUCAACUGGAAAAGGCGAUCCAAGCAAACAGAACUUCAUUUAAAAAGCGACAACGAAUGCUCCCACUUCGUCAUCAGUUGAUGAUCCGCAGUGAUUUGACGGAUUUCGGUGUGACCUUUGUUUUGCUUGCUACAGUGCAGAAGCUAGCCUUGCCUUACUGGUGUUCUCUUCUCAUGUACCAACUUACGAACUUUCGGUAUGUUAAAGAUAAUGGGGCUCUUACAACUUCCUACAUGUGUAACGCUUGGCACCCAACUGUCGAUUACCAGAUGCCGGGUUACCGAGCACUCACUCGAUCGGCUCUCUUGGAUAAGAUUAUUCGUGUUGAUCACGCCGGUGAAACUGGUGCUCGGAAAAUCUAUGAAGGACAACUGUUUGUUUUGGGUAAAUCAAACGUUGCGCCGAUCAUAAAGGAAAUGUGCGAUCAAGAGGAACAUCACCUACGGAAAUUCCAGGAGUUGAUUCCAAGAUACAGGGUCAGACCUACUGCAUUGCUCCCUUUUUGGAACCUUGCCGGCCUGCUUGUUGGCAUCGGGAGCGCUGCACUCGGUCCUCGAUAUGCCAUGGCAUGCACUGUUGCUGUGGAAUCAGUGAUCUCGGAACACUACAACAAUCAGAUACGAUCGCUUGUGGAACAGGACCCGAAAGGGUCCGAAGAGCUACUUCAGGUAAUGUGUGACCGACCUUUGCGACGUCUUUCUUUCAGCUAG